CCGUUGACAUGUUGUUUUCCUAUUGCGUCACGUGAUGUCGGUUAGAUUAUGUGGCAUCGAUCCCUGCACCCUUGGACGGACCCCUGUAAAAAACGAAAAGCUGGGAGCUGAAGGCUGCCAGUCUUGCACCGUCGAUCUGCUCUCUCCCAUUAAUAGCGUCUUGCGAUGUGGGACGAAAAUGGAAUUGUCACGUGAUAUCAUAAAAUAAUAUCAGAGUCUCCCAUUUUGGCAGGAAAGGCCGAAUGCGUAGUAGGUAUUAUCAUGUCCCACAUCCCACUUACUAAUACUCCCAUGCUGCUUCGUCAGGUUGCCGGCGAUGGAGAUCUAGAUGUGCACCUCCUAGACCAAAAGCAUUACAAUGCCUCCUGCUUCGUCAGACGUGUAGCGACGCGACAUCUAGAUCCUGUACAGCUGCACCUGCACAGCUUCGGAAAUGUGUUGCCUUAGAUCACCUAAUCACCUGACCGAGAUUUGUAGGACUCGGGCCAACAGGCAACGCCGACGUCAUAUCCGCCGUUGCUACGUAGCUUGCACCACCACCACAACCAUCCAGACCAUUCAAAGCCCAUUUAUUACACAUUUCUAAUUAGUGCAGGAGAAUGAGUUAUAUAUAUCAUGCUGUCCCACGUUCCAUCUCACGAUCCAUAGCACUUGGCAACGCUACAAAAUUUAAACCAAUUUAUUCGGGGUCUAUUUACUAUCAGGAGCGGAAUAUCACAAUGGCAACCUCGCGUAAGGUCCAACUUUUCCCUGAAGAUGCGGCUGUCUUUAGUCUAGCCAAGCCGAGCCUAGAAAGUGCUCAAACGGCGAGCCGUAUCUUGCAGGAAAAUCACGAGAAAUAUAACCUAUUUUUUAACGAGCAAGGCUUCCAUAACCACAUCGUUCACCAAGUUCUAACCCUUUACGGUCUUGGAGCCCCUCCAGAUGUGAUAGAGGCGCAUUACAAGGCGAACACGUCUUACCAGAUGAAGCCAAAGCCACUGAGGGAAGAGAACGUGAAAUCUAUGAGUGAGCCCGAGGGAUUCAAGAAGUUUCUCGGCAAUACAAAGUACACGCAUGACUAUAUCGAAUUCUUCCAGCGGGAACUAGAGGCCAAGAGCGUAGAGGCAGUCCUCCAAGAGUAUUUAUUCUCCAGGUCCGAGCUUGCAGAGGAUCUGCUUGCCAGAUUAUACGGCGGAUUUCUCCACCCCUUAAUUCAUCUCGGCUUUGGUCUUGAAUUUAAGCAGCCCGUCAUUGUCGCCGAGGCUCUCGCAGAGGCUGCAGUCCACGACAUAUGGCUUAAACCAUUCUUUAUCGGUGCCGAAAAGUUAGCCAAAGAGAGCAAAACCUCCAAAACCCUCUCUCAACUCGUCGUAGAUGUUGAUUCGGAUGAGAAGCUGAAGGCAUCCCCUAGAUGGGCUGACGGCAACAAAAUCCGAGACGGGAUCCUCAAACGCGCCCCGCAAGAAAUGAUCAACCAUGCCUCAAAGUACCAUGUGCCACUGGACCAGCUCGCUCAAAAGACGGCAGAAAUGAUGGAUGCCACCAUCUUCUACACGGCAGCAGCGCAGCACCCGCCAAAGGUGAUCAAAAUAGACUUCUUCUUUAUGCACUGCGUGAAUUCGUCCAUCUUCUGGCCGACAUUCAACGCACUCUCCUGGAUAAGCGACGAGAACAAAUGCCGCUUACUAGAAUGGAAAGGACGUCUGGACCUGGCAAUGUAUGUCUCUCGUGGCACGCCGCCUUUGUUGAAGGAGGAAAUUGAGGCCUAUACUACGGAAACCGGCAAGGAUGUGACUUGGGAUCAGUUGGGGGAGAGGCUAUACAAGAUUAAAAACGAUGACGGACAUGCAGUGAAGCUUCUGAGGGCACUCGGGACUGCAGAGCAGGUGUGCAAGGGGCUCGAAGGCGGGAAAGUGCGAAAGGGGCAGUGGCUAGGAAUUGGAAGGAUGGUGGUGGACAGCGUUGAGGCUGUGCAGGGAUCUGACCAGAGCCCAUGGGCGAGAAGUGUGGGCUUUGAUAAAGCCUGGGAUGAUGUGAAGGAAAGGCCAGCAAAGUCUACCCUGUGAGGAUGGGUAUUUCAUUAGAAAUAGCGGCCUGAAUAUAAGUAAUUACGAAGGUGUUCACGCCGAUACAGCUAUGGAUGAUACAAUGAAUUGAGCACGUUCGGCUGUGAAUCAACGAUAAGGUUCUACAUUAUCAGACAAUAUAUGGUCACGUUCGGAAGUAUAUUAUGAUGGA